AUGAAAGUGAAAAUAUAGAUUGUUUUUAAGGAAAAUGAAGAAAGUGCUGUUGUAAAAAAAUAAAUCUGGAAAUGUUUAGCAUGUGACAAAUCUUAAAAUAAUUACACUGGAAAGAUAGGUUCAUAUAGAGUUUGGAAAAAAUUUCCUUUACCAAAAGAAAUUUCUUGUGAAAGAACUAAUGGAAAUCAAAAUUCUAGGUUAACAUUAGUUUUUGGAAAUAAUAAUUAUUUAUAUAAAACUGAAUAAAUAAAUAAUAAUAACCCUCACUGGAAAAUUAGCGAAGAAUUUAUGUAUACUUGUGAAGCUGAAUCUUUAAAAACUUCACAUUUUAAUAUGUAUAUUUAAGAUGAUUCAGGAAGUUUAGUUUCUUAAAUAUCUUUAACCUUAUUUGAUAUAUGUACUGGCCCAAUUCAUAACGAUAUGUUUUUAUAAACAAAAGAAGUAUAGAAAAAAUACAUAAAAUAAAAACUAUAUAAUUUAUAGUAAGUAGAUAAUGGAAGAAUAACAUUUGAUAUAAAAAUGGCACAAAUGAUUAACAUGAAAAUAUCUUGUAAAUCUUUAAAUAUGAUUUUGGAUGAAAAUUUAAGUGAAAAAGCUUAUAAUUUUUCUAUGUAAAUAAAAGUAAAAAAAAAAAAAAAAUUCUCAUUAAAUAAUAAAUAAAAAGUCUCACAAUUUUGA